UACGCAUGGAGCCUCCAUCACCUCCAGCCUCCUCUUUACGCACCGACUCCCGAGAAUGCGCGCAGGUACGGGGAAGCCAGCCGCCUCGCUCAGCCGUUAACGUCCCUGUUUAAGGACUAAUAUGAAAGAAGUGGAUUUAGAGGUCUGACAGAGCCCAGAGAGGAGGCACAUACACACAUAUAUAGAUUUUUCCUCUUCUUCUCCUUCUUCUUCUGCUUCCCACCCCCUUCCCUGUGGAUCAUUCUUGUUUUCCCAUCACCAGAGCGUAAAGCAUGGAUGUCUUGGCGAACCACAGUAUCUUUCAGGAACUUCAGCUCGUGCACGACACCGGCUACUUCUCGGCCAUGCCUUCGCUGGAGGAGAACUGGCAGCAGACCUGCCUGGAAUUGGAGCGCUAUCUGCAGACAGAGCCGAAGCGUUUGUCGGAGCUCUUUGACCAAGACUUGGAUGGCCUCCUAACUCCAGCCUACAUGAAGGAGGAUGGAGAGGAGGAGCUGUCAGACACCCUGCUCCCCAGCCUGCCGAGCCUCCCAGAACCACCGAGCCCACCUCCGGUGAUCCUUUGCCCUACUCGAAAGAACUUCCCUUCCCCUGGCGCUGUGAGGAGAGACCUCAAACCCAAAGGACAAGGGCUGGAAAAUGUAGAGGGCAUGGAAGGGGUCCACCAGGCUCAGCUGAGUGCCGUCACCUCCCUGACACCUCCGUCAUCGCCAGAACUCGGCCGACACCUCGUCAAACCCAACCAGACGCUGACGGCCUCGGCUGAUGGGACACUCACCUUGAAGCUGGUAGCCAGGAAGGUGGGGCUUAGCGCAGCCAGGUUGGUGGCGGGGCACACGCUUCCUGUCCAGGUGAAAGAUGAAGAUGAGGGGGCUGCAUGUGUGAUCGGGGUUGGAGAGCUACCAGAAAACAAGAAGAGGAUUCACCGCUGCCAAUUCAAUGGUUGCAGAAAGGUGUACACCAAGAGCUCCCACCUAAAGGCCCAUCAGAGGACACAUACAGGUGAGAAGCCAUACAAGUGCUCGUGGGAGGGCUGCGAGUGGCGAUUCGCCCGGAGCGACGAGCUGACGAGGCACUACCGCAAACACACCGGCGCCAAGCCUUUUAAGUGCAACCACUGUGACAGGUGUUUCUCGCGGUCGGAUCACUUGGCGCUACACAUGAAGAGGCACAUCUGAGAGAUUCGGGAGAGGUCAGCGGGAGAGUGGAUGGAAGAGAGAGGAAAAGGAUGGAGGCAGAGUGGAAGAAAGAGAGGAAACGUCUGCAGAAAAAUAACACCUUGGAUUUCAGAGAGAGACAGCAGGACGGAUUGAAAAAAAAAAAACAAGAAAACACAAGAUCUGGUCUUUCUCGACUGGAGAAAUUGAAACCACACAGGGACUACAGACAGAAAUACAGGCAGACAGACAAACUGAUCCUAAGUGGCUCUGUCAAUCUGUGCACGACCAGUUGGUCCAUGAUUCCACGGUGACACAUCUUCACCUCACAACCAUCCCCCCAACUCCCCUGUGUCGUUUUGUGGACUAUACAGACGCUCCAUCCCACCCUUCAUAUGUGUCUCAGAGGGGAUGUGACAUGACGAGCGGCGGGCCACGUGCCUGUAGUUGGCAGCUUUUUAUUUCUCACCCUUUGCAGUCUUUGCCUUGCUGUGGUCCCUCUGUGAAAUGCUUCCAGCCCUGUUCAUGCAGCAGUGCUCCACAUGCCAGCUAGGACACCAAUGCCAAACUGGACCAGUUGUACUGUAACUCUGGUGUACUGCGAGGAGUACUACUGUUACAACACAUAUUAUUGAAAAGAAGAGUUCAUUCAUUGUCAAUAGCAGUUCAGCCAAGCAAGCGCAAAGGCUGACUUUCACUCCCUCAAUACUCGCCACACCCUUUAGAAUUCACCAUUUCUUAUAUAUCCAACAAAUAUUUGAUAGUUUUCAUCGAACAUCUGUCUUAUCUGCCAACUGAAUCCAUUCAUAAAUCCCUAUGACUUCAUGGCAUAUGAGCACUUGCUUGAAUGGAGAGUUCCAAUAGAUCUCGAAGACUUGAAAAUGGGAGUGUGCCCCACUGAUGUGCUGUGAAGACUGACUGAGGUCAUGUAGGCGGUUAGCUUGCUCUAUGAACUUCCUUUUACCGGUUACGACUAGGCAAGGCUAACUUACCUACACUGUUACCUACACUGCGAAAGACUCCUAGAACAUCAGCUGGAACUGAGUGGUUCAUGAGAUGCGAGAUGGCUCUUAGGAGUGUUUUUCCUCUCUGGGAUCUUAGCUCUAAUGAGUUGUUGUCAAAAAACUGUUGCGCAAUUGACUCUGUUGGCAAACUUUUGUAAAAAUUUAUCCACUGUCUUGAACCGGGAAUUAAUUAGGGACUCAACAAACGAUGGCUUUCACGUACCAAAUGAGCGUGGACAGCCAAAUGCACAAGUUGAAGCAGCUAGCUUGCUGCGAUAGCACACCGAACACAAACGAAAAUCACUAUGUACGUAAAGGCUAUUUUAUUUCUAGGAAAUAGUUCUCCUGUUUUUUUGACGAAGAAAAAAAACAGUUAAAAAAGACAGCGUUGGAGAAUUCACUGGCAGCCAAAAAACAAUUAAACAAAAAAAAACCCUCUGCAGUAGAUGCCCAAAAUGAUCUCUUUGCACUUAAGAGUGAUUGGCAACUAACUAGCCACUAGGUUCUGUCCUUUUCAUACCAUCCUUGCAUACUACUUUUUCCAAUUUAGCAGCUCUUAGCCUUUUGAGAAACAAAUAAUAAUAAUUUAAAAAAAGCACCAUUUAACAGCUCUUUAAACAUGGCCCUAUGCAGAACAAAGGACAUUCCCGAUCAACAUGUAGGACUGAAUGCAGAUUUCUACUCUGCCAGAAAUAGAAGAACUUUUUGGAAGAAACAAAUUGAACAUGUUGCUGGGCCCAGAGGUGUGGUUGGUAAGAUCAUACAAGGCACCAUUUGUAUUUAUACUUUUUUACUGUUAAAAUGAACAAUGGGAUUUGGAAAACUAGCUAGUCACACCCUGGUAACUUUUACUGGACCACUAAGAGGUCAUGAGUAUGGAUUUCCAGUGGGUCUGGAGUGUGUUAGGGGAGGAUCGGAUCUGCUCAGUCAGCAAUGAUAACUGCCCCAUCAGCUCACAAAACUGCAGUGGAGUGAAACCCACACGCACAAAGAGACACAUACAUUCACUCUGAGAAAACUGGAAUUAUCAUCUGUCCUGUGUGACCUGACUUUACUUAGAUACAACCAAGACUGAUAAAAAGGUCAUAAAUGUCUUCGUGUCGCAGAUGAAGGUAAACACAGAAGAGAGCUUGAACAAAAGUAGACUGUGAAGAUACUGACGAAACUUUACUGAGGACAGUUGCGUCAAAGCGUAAAUUCUUUAUUUUAAGACUUUAAUUUGUGUGCUUCGCUUUGAAGCAAAAGUUAACCUGCAUCUGUUUGCAUUUUGGAAUAAAAUACACAACAUUUACUUUACUCUGUUACACCGGAGGCACAUAACAGUUUGUGCAUUAGUGCAGUCUAGCUCAAUAUUUUCUAGACACGAUGUAGUAGUGGCUCUGAAGGUAGAUACAGCGUCAAUAACUCCUUCACGUAGUGAACUUAUUCCAAAUGUGGAAGCAAGUCUGACGUUUAUUUGUUCUUGAGCAAAUACCUGUCAGAUAACUUGUUUUUUCUCUCUCCUGUCUUUGCAAGGUCAAUUUGCAAAGACAAAAGAGACUGACCACUUAGUUUUAAGGAGGCCAAGAUUUUUCGCAGGCCUUCCAGAUUGAAACUACUGUUAGUAUUUAGCUGUGUCUCAACUUGCAUACUUCCAUACUUGCUGUUUGCAGGUGUGUUCCUUGAGGAAAAUCCAUUAGCUAAGUGAGGCAUGGUAAAAUGCUGCUAUCCACUUGUUAAGUCCGACAUUAUUAGCCAUUUCCAGGUCUAAAUGCUGCUUCCCUUCCCAAAACACCAAGGCACCUUUAGAACAGUUGAAAUUCUUUCAGCUCAAAUAAAAACAAUUACUAUGGCUUUCUUUCAAGUGUAACAAUAAAGAUUCAUGUCCAGCCAUCCAUGAAAAGAGGAGUUAGUAACUUUAGCAGGGUUAGAUGUUAGCAGGAAGUUAGCGGACUACAUAUAACAUGCUCUAACUGAAGUAUUCUAAAAAUAAAUAAAAAGACAAUAAUGCUAUACAUUUGGACAACAACAAAGAUGGAAUACUAAAUAGUAGCAAUGUUUGGAGAGUUAGAGACAUUUGACUAAUGGGAUAAAUGGAUAUUUGCACAUAAUAAGUGCUACCUGGUGGCUAGCUGCAGAGCUAUAGCUAAUACAAAUGCAAUAGCACAGGGAAGAUGAUGGAUUUAAACUGUUCUCCGUGUUGAGGAAGAAGGCAAGAAGCUGUCCACAGCUCGAGGUUAGUUAUUUUUUUUGCUGUGUGGUUUAGCUAAAAAAAAAAAAAAGAAAAAUCUUGGUCCUAAGCUUAAUAUAGUCACUGAAAUCUGAGCUAGCCUAAGAGUGAUUCUUUUGGUUAUAGUGCACAUAAUGAGCUUUUAAAAAAUGAGCUUAAAGACGUGAUGCACAUGAAUAUAAAAAAAUUUAAAAACAGCUUUUUUUUCUAUUAACUAAAGCACAGCACAAAUCAUUACGGCCUCAGACAAUGCAGUAAAUGCUUGGACCUGGAGACAGGGUUGAUACGUCGUCACUUAACUAGUAGAUUGUCAAUUUAUCUUCCUGCAUGGAAAAUUACUAACAUAAGUAUCGGAAUUGAGACACAGAUUAGAAAAUCAUGAAUACUGGAAGCAUUUUAUAUUUGGAAAUGAUGAUUUGGAAGUCUAUCAUUUCGUACCAGGCUAGCAGACCCAAGUUUUUCCUGCUUAGCUUCUCUCCUCAUGUGAAGAUGAAAUGAAGAAUUCAAGUUUAACCUGUGGGUUAAAAUUGUAUCAUCGAUGGCAGCUCUAUGUGUGCGUAUUUGAGUAUUUCAACAGGGUGUUGAAGUGAACUGGUUCAACUGAAUGGGAAAAGGGGGAUUUAUUAAUUUAUUCUUAGAUUUUUAUUUGGUUUGGUUUGGUUUUUUUGUGUGUUCACGCUCCUUACUAUUCAAGGAUAGCGGAAUAUUUUGGACUGAAAUUUUAAAAGUUUAAAGAUAUGGAUCCCAACGACAGGACAGUUUAAAAUUUUGCCUGACUCUUGUUGUGAGCUGACAGAAACAUUUUUUCUCUUCAUGUAUCUGCCGGGAGCUCGAGAACUGGGAUUUCAAAAGUGAAUGUGUUUUCUUGGAAAGGUCGUUUCAUGUCGUCUCUGAGGAUGCGGUUCAGUUCUGUGUCAUCUUAAUGAAUGAUUGUUAAUUCUGCCGUGCCUGUGUUUUUCUUCGUCCGUUUGUAUUUGCACUCUGAAUUUUUUGGAACGCCCACUUGCAUAUCUGCUGUUUUCUGUCCGCUUGUGCACCAUACUUCACACGAUGACCCCUCGGUGAUGAAACACUGGUCACGAAAGUCUGUAUAGUAGCCGUUUUUUUUUAGCACAAAAGGUACAUGCAUACACGCUUCACGGAUUCACAUACAUUGCAGAUGUGCAGACAAACCUACACAAGCCGCAUGCCUGCAGACACGCUUGGGCGCAUCCACAAAUGCGCAAAUGUGUACAAGCACAUCUCGAAUCCACGCACUCACAAAAACACAUACAGACACAAACACCUAUCCUGCGCUCUCCUUGUGGGUUUUUCCUACACCUUGUGAGAGUCGGAGAUCCAGACUGCAGCUCUUGCUCUCAGCAGAGGGGGGUGCACACGCAUUACUAUGUGUGACACCACUUCUGUUUCCACCAGGUCUGAAUUUUAAAUCAAACACACCCCCGUUUUUCUACCAGCAUUCUCUCAUCACUUCCCCCUCUUCCUCCUCCCCCUCCUCCUCUUUGCCUCCCUACCCCCUUCCUUCCAUUUUCUCAGAUAUGAUCCCUUUCAACUCCUCUCCUCUGUCCAACCCCCCCCCACCUGCCUCCCAACCACCCUUCCACCUCCACCUCCCUUCUAUUUUUCUCCUCUGUUCUCUUUCUCCUUUUCUUUCUCUGUAAAAAGUGUUUCAAAUUUAUCAUUUGUAUAUUAUGAUGUAUGGGUACGAUAAUGUUCUUUAUUAUGGAAAAAUGAGAAAGAUUUAUUUUUGUUACCGGUUUGUUUCAUAAUUCCUUUUUUAAAUUGGUAUUGUAAUAUCUCUAUGCAAGGAACUGUUCGGUGAAUCGUUUUUAUUUAAGAAUGUAAUUAUGUGUAAUAAAUGGUAG